AUGUCAUCAGAACGUGGCGCUAAAUUAAGCAUAAGCGACGCUAUGGAUGGAUACAAUGAUUUCCACUCUAAAGAUGACGAAGCCAGAAAAGCCAUGAAACGCCGUAUCCAGCGUCCCGCUGCUACUGUCGGUAAGCGCCCGGUGAAUGCAUUUAUGUCUGGCGAAGCUAUGAAGGAACUACAAAAACAAAAGAAAGAAGCAAGAGAGGAAAGAAGACUUCAAUUAGCGGAUGGACUUGGAUUAGAAGAAAACCUUGUUGAAGAUAGCUUAAUUACGGAUGAUAAGUUUGAACUGAUUGAAAAAUUUUUCGGCACUAAUAAUGGCCGUACGCUGAUGUUUUUCUAUCAAGAUCAAGAGGUUACAGGAUCUAGACUUGAUGGUCAUUAUGGCAAUACAAGCAAUUCUAAUCGAAGAUUAAUCAUUGCAACUGGCGAAAAUGAGAUUGCCUGUGGAACAUGCUGCUUUUUCACCAAAUCUUCUGAUGCUACUGCAAUUACUGCAAACAAUAUUACACAGGACGUCAGUUACGGUCAAAUUGAUAUGACUAAAGGUAUUCUUGAGGGUCUCGAAAAACACCUAUCUACCAUUUUAUUACCCGCCUUAAAAUCUCGAACGGACUGGGGAUACAUCAAAGAAAGUGGGCCUAACAAGCCUCAAAAUGAAUUUUUUGAUACAUUGGACAGAUUUAUAAGUACUUUAUCGGGUGCACGUGUACAUCUAAAUGAUAGAGUUAUAUUAGAAGAUGAUGGUCUAAAUAAUCUAAUAAAGGAAUUAUCAUCUCCAGCAGAUUUUGCUUUGGCUGCUUAUAAUACCGAGCUAGUAUUCAACCUGGAAGGAUAUGUUAAUAUUUGGUUUAAACAGAUUGAACAAGUCCUUGCAGAAAGCGAACAAAUGCGUAAAGAAGCCGAUGAUAUUGGUCCAGCUGCGGAGCUUGAACAUUGGCGAAAAAGAAUGGCCAAAUUUAACAGCUUGCUGGAUCAAAUCAAGUGUGCAAACUGUAAAACAGUUAUUGGCGUAUUGCAAGCAGCCAAAUCUAAAACAAUUAAAUACUGGAAAGAAUUAGAUAUCAGAAUUACUGAUGCCGCUAACGAAGCUAAAGAUAAUGUUAAAUAUCUUUAUACCUUGGAUAAAUUUUUUGCUCCACUUUCCAAAUGUUCUCCGACCGAAAUGAUCGAACAUAUCCCUAGCUUAAUGAAUGCGAUUAGAAUGAUCCAUAGCUAUUCUCAAUAUUAUAACACUUCUGAACGUAUGACAUCGCUUUUCGUCAAAGUUACAAAUCAAAUGAUAACUACAUGUAAGAGUUAUAUUCGCGAAGGCUCGCAAAAAAUUUGGGACCAACCUAGGCCUCUAUUAUUGAAAAAAUUGAAGCAGUCUUGUGAAUUGAAUGAAGCUUAUCAAAGAUGUUUUCACCGUACCAAAGCUAAAUUAGCCGAAAAUUCCAGUGAGCGCCAAUUCGAGUUCAGCGAAAAUUAUAUUUUUGGCAAAUUCGAUACAUUUUGCAAACGUCUGGAGAAAUUGUCUGAUAUGUUAAUAUCGAUGGAAGAGCUGUCUGGUGUUACUGAGAUUCGAAUUGAAGGCAUUAAUAAUAUUAUUACACGUUAUCAAGCUAUUGUAGCUGGUACAAAAAAGAAAAGUUAUGAUAUCUUAGAGCAUCGCAAAGGAGAAUUUGAUACCGAUUAUGAGGAAUUUAAAAGGCAAAUUGAAGUCCUCAAUGGCCAAUUGCAAGCAUUUCUUGAUUCGUGGUUUGAUCGAGGUUUAUCCACUCCUCAAGCGCUAGAACUAUUGCAAAAAUUUGAAAAAAUUGGAAACUCCAAUCUUGACUUGACGGAAAAAUAUACCAAUGUUUUAUUUAAUUACGGCAGGGAUUUGGAGAUAACUCGUAAAAUCUAUCAGAAAUUUAAACAAGAUCCCCCCAUAGCUCGCAAUUUACCUCCGAUUGCAGGAAAAAUAACAUGGGUGCGCCAACUAUUUCGCCGAAUUGAUGAACCGAUGAAAGUGUUCAAGACAAAGCCAAAUAUUUUAAAGACCGACGAAGCGCGAAGAAUUAUACGUAAUUUUAAUAAAUUGGCUUCUGUGCUAAUGGAAUUUGAGUUGUUAUAUCAUCGCGGAUGGUUUAGAGCAGUAGAUGCUGCCAAAUCCGGUUUGCAAGCAACGCUCCUCAUAAAGCAUCCAGAAAACAAGACUCUAUUUGUUAACUUUGAUCCUCAAGUAUUGGAGCUAGUGACAGAAGCAAAAGCUUUACGACGACUAAGCUUAGAGAUUCCGGAAUCGGCACAAGUUCUAUGCUUAAAUGAAGAUAGAAUCAAGGCAGUUUACGAUCGAUUGCAUCAAGUCCUAGGAGAAUAUCAUAAAACAGUUAAAUCUAUUCCGGAAAUUGUAAGAUCAUUAAUAGAUCCUUUCGUAAAUCGUGUUGACGACGCUAUAGGACCUGGAUUGACCAUGCUUACUUGGACAUCCCUUAAUAUCGAUUCUUACAUUGACAAUAUCUAUCUAGCUUUGAACUUCUUAAGAAAACUAGUAAAGCAGAUAUCAGAUAUAUUAGAAGUCAGGAUUGAAAAAGUGUUAGAAAGUAUGAGCUUGACUCCAUUAUGUGAUCUAUCUGAUGAACCAGCAACGGUUACUGAUUUCAUUGAGCAUACGGAAAAAUCUUGUGAAGAAGCUUGUGAAUACUUAACAAGGCAGAGUCAGCUAGUAGAAUCAUCGGUUUUAGAGCUUAUUGAUACAUUAUGGAGCCGUAUGAAACCAAUAGAGCAAGAAAAUCUAGAACUAUCCUAUGAAGCCUCGAACCAAGAGAACAAGAUUAAACCAACGGCUUCAUAUACAUUGCCUUCAUGUUGUCUUCCUCUUUAUGGAUAUUUCAACCAGCGGAAUAUAGAUGCUUUGGUUAAAUGUACAAGAUUAUCCCUAGAUUCUAUAAAACGAAGAAUACAAAGCUCUAAUAAGUAUAACUCUAAAGACAAUAAUACACGACCAGGGGAUAUUAAAUUGCCAUUAUUUAAGAAUAUUCCUAUCUGGAAACAGCAAGUCCUUUCUGGCGAGUUAUCGUUAGUUUUAGCACAAGCUGAUGAAAGUCGUGCGCUUAAUUUGCCCGUUGUAUCAUCGAAUCUGAAUCAACAGCAAUAUUACAAGAUUAUUUCCGAGCAUAGAGACAUUGUUAAAGUCAUUAUUACCUUGAAUACGAUUAUAAACACCUCUAAAUUAAACGUUCAAGAAGUUGUGAAAGAACUUUCUCAUUUCUCGGAAUUAUGGAGCGAGGAUCCUAAUGAACGGGUUAGAUUAUUCAUGCAGAAUUCACCAACAUUGUCGGAAUUUGAAAAUCAAAUUCGCAGAUAUGAAAAAAUGGAAGAAAUGAUAGAUUCCCUACCUACAAGUUAUCGUGUUGGAUCAGUAGUAUUUACGACAGAACUUCUCAAGAAAUCGUUAAAAGCGGAAACAUCGUCCUGGAAGAAAGCUUUCGGCCGUGCUCUUAAUCAUAAGGCAAGCGCCGAUAUGGAGUUAAUAUUCUCUUUUAUAGAGAAUAUGGCAAAGCGUUUAAGUAGACCUAUUAAAGAUCUUGAUGAUGUACGUGGUAGCAUGGCUGCUUUGAUGGAAAUCCGUGAAGCUGAAAUAAGGAUCGAUAUGACUAUCAGCCCUAUUGAAGAGUCUUUCGCUUUGCUUAACCGAUUUAAUAUGACGUUCUCUGGAAGCGAUGCAGAAAGAGUGGAUACCCUUAACUAUAGCUGGAAGAAAUUAAAUGCUCAGGCCAAUUCAGUACAAGCAACUCUCCUCAAAAUAGAACCAGAUUUUAAAGCAAACUUAUUAACAUCUGUAAAGAAUUUUUCAGUAACUCUGGAAAACUACGUUACAGAAUAUGAUGAAAGAGGCCCAAUGGUACAUAGUAUUCCACCAACCGAUGCUAGUGAACGAUUAACAAUCUUUCAAGCAAGAUUUGAUGAUUUAUGGAGCAAAUACACCACAUACUCAGAAGGAGAGCAAUUGUUUGGCCUACCCGUUACAGAGUAUCCAAAUUUACAGCGUGUAAAACGCGAAUUAAAUCUUUUACAGAAGUUAUAUAGCUUGUAUAAUGCUGUCAUCGAUCGUGUUAAUGGCUAUUAUGAUCUACUCUGGACUGACGUGGAUAUUCAAAAAAUUAAUGGAGAAUUACAGGAAUUUCAGAGCAGAUGUCGGAAAUUACCUAAAGCUUUAAAAGAGUGGCAGGCGUAUAAUGAUCUUAAGAAGAAAAUUGAUGAUUUUAAUGAGACAUGUCCUCUUCUGGAAAUGAUGUCGCAUAAAGCAAUGAAAGCACGUCAUUGGCAAAGAAUUGCUGAGUUAACGAAAUGUAUCUUAGACGUUGAAUCGGAUUCUUUUACCUUAAGAACUCUCAUGGAAGCUCCAUUACUCGAAUGCAAGGAAGAUAUCGAGGAUAUAUGCAUUUCCGCCGUGAAAGAGCGCGAUAUUGAAGCUAAAUUGAAAUCUGUUGUGAAUGAUUGGCAAACACAAGUCUUUGCUUUUGCAACAUUUAAAAAUCGUGGUGAUUUACUAUUAAAAGGCGCAGAUACUGCUGAGACUGUGUCUCUUAUGGAAGAUAGCCUUAUGAUUCUUGGCUCUCUAAUGAGUAACAGAUAUAAUGCUCCUUUCAAAUCUUCUAUUCAACAAUGGGUUCAAAAAUUAUCCGGUACGACUGAAAUUAUUGAAAGCUGGCUAGCUGUGCAGAAUUUAUGGAUUUACUUAGAAGCCGUAUUCGUCGGUGGCGAUAUUGCUAAGCAGUUGCCUCAGGAAGCUAAACGAUUUAACAAUAUUGAUAAAUCCUGGGUCAAGAUCAUGCUCCGAGCUCAUGAAAUCGAUAAUGUCGUACAAUGUUGCGUGGGAGAUGAUAUGCUUUGCCAACUUUUGCCUCAUUUACUUGAACAACUUGAAAUGUGUCAAAAAUCCCUUAGCGGAUACCUUGAAAAGAAACGUUUAGUAUUCCCAAGAUUUUUCUUUGUUUCUGACCCUGCUUUGUUGGAGAUACUAGGACAGGCUAGCGAUUCGCAUACUAUUCAGUCACAUCUUUUGGGAAUAUUCGAUAAUAUCAAAACCGCGACCUUCCACGAUAAAGAAUAUGAUAGAAUUAUUGCAGUUAAUUCAAAGGAAGGCGAAACAAUCGAAUUAGAAAAACCUGUUAUGGCCCAAGGGAAUGUCGAAGUAUGGUUGGGGGCCUUGCUUAAUGCCGCUCAGAAAUCCUUACAUCUCAUUAUUCGAAUGGCAGCUUUGGCGAUACAAGAUCAACCAUUUAAUUUGGUUGAUUUCUUAGAUACAUACCCUGCACAGGUUGGAUUACUAGGUCUGCAAAUGAUAUGGACUCGAGACAGUGAGGAAGCUUUACAUAAUGCCAAAUAUGAUAAAAAGAUCAUGUCUCAUACAAACCAACACUUUCAAGAAAUCUUGAACGGUCUAAUUGAAGUUACAACGAAAGAAUUGCCAAAGUCUAAACGUGUCAAAUAUGAAACUCUAAUCACUAUUCAUGUCCAUCAGAGGGAUAUCUUCGAUGAUUUAGUUCGUAUGCAUAUCCGAUCACCAACAGAUUUCGAAUGGUUGAAGCAAUCACGAUUUUAUUUCCGUGAAGACUCAGAUCAGUGUAUCAUUUCGAUUACUGAUGUCGACUUUACAUAUCAGAAUGAAUUUCUAGGAUGCUGUGAACGCCUUGUUGUAACUCCAUUAACUGAUAGAUGUUAUAUUACGCUAGCGCAAGCUCUUGGCAUGGCUAUGGGUGGAGCACCUGCUGGCCCUGCUGGUACAGGAAAAACAGAAACUGUGAAAGAUAUGGGAAAAGCACUUGGUAAAUAUGUUGUUGUUUUUAAUUGCUCCGAUCAAAUGGACUAUAGAGGUUUGGGCCGUAUCUAUAAGGGAUUAGCACAAUCAGGAAGUUGGGGUUGUUUCGAUGAAUUUAAUCGUAUUGAAUUACCAGUACUAUCUGUAGCAGCCCAACAAAUUGCUGUUGUGUUAACAUGUAAAAAAGAAAGGAAAAGACAGUUUAUAUUCACUGAUGGUGAUGUUGUUGAUCUUAAUCCAGAAUUUGGAUUAUUCUUAACCAUGAAUCCUGGCUAUGCAGGAAGGCAAGAACUUCCUGAAAAUUUAAAAAUACAAUUUAGAACAGUUGCGAUGAUGGUACCUGACCGGCAAAUUAUUAUUCGAGUCAAGUUAGCUAGUUGUGGAUUUCAAAACAAUCAAAUUCUAGCUCGUAAAUUUUUCAUCUUGUAUAAACUUUGCGAAGAGCAGCUUACCAAGCAGGUGCAUUACGAUUUCGGUCUUCGAAAUAUAUUAUCCGUUCUGCGUACUCUUGGUGCAGCAAAGCGAUCCCAUCCUGAUGACAGUGAAAGUACAAUUAUGAUGCGUGUUCUAAGAGACAUGAAUUUAAGCAAACUUGUUGAUGAAGACGAACCCCUUUUCUUGAGUUUGAUCGAUGAUCUAUUCCCCGGUAUCCAACUUGAAAAGGCUGGAUAUCCCGAGUUAGAAGGUGCAAUUUGUAAACAAGCUGAAGAUGCUGGUCUAAUAUAUCAUCCACCAUGGGUGUUGAAAUUAAUUCAGUUAUAUGAAACUCAGCGUGUUCGCCAUGGUAUGAUGGCAUUAGGACCUAGUGGGGCUGGUAAAACUACCUGUAUACAAACGUUAAUGAAAGCAAUGACCGAUAUUGGUAUACCACAUCGUGAAAUGAGAAUGAAUCCCAAAGCUAUUACCGCAUCGGAAAUGUUUGGUAAAUUAGAUGUAUCGACUAAUGAUUGGACAGAUGGAGUAUUUUCUGCUUUAUGGCGGAAAACACUUAAAACCAAGAAGGGAGAACAUAUCUGGAUCGUUUUGGAUGGCCCAGUUGAUGCCAUCUGGAUUGAAAAUUUAAAUAGUGUCCUGGAUGAUAAUAAAACUUUAACGUUAGCUAACGGUGAUCGUAUACCCAUGUCCUCAACAUGUAAAAUCAUUUUUGAGCCGCAUAAUAUUGAUAAUGCAUCACCUGCUACUGUUUCUAGAAAUGGUAUGGUAUAUAUGAGCUCAUCAGUAUUAGAUUGGCGCCCAAUAUUGCAAAGUUGGCUAAAAAGAAGACCUGUCAAUCAAGCUCAGAAAUUAACCGUUUUAUUUGAAGGUCUAUUCGAUGAUGCAUAUAACUUUGUAGUUCGAGAAUUACAUAGUAAAAUGGAUGUGCUAGAAUGCAAUUAUAUUGCUCAAGCGAUAAGUUUACUGGAAGGUUUAAUUUCCAGUAAUGACGAUAAUGCAAAAGAAUUCGAUGAAGCUUACCUAGAUAGGUUGUUUAUAUUUGCAUUAAUGUGGAGCUUGGGAGCUUUAAUUGAAUUAGAUGAUAGAAGAAAAUUACAAGAUUUUCUUAUCAACCGAAAUGUGCAGAAUUUACCUGAUUUGCAAUCCAGUGAAGAUACUAUAUUUGAGUACCUUGUCAACGAGAAAGGAGAAUGGAUACACUGGUCUGAAAAAGUUCCUAAUUAUUUCUACCCUACAGAUUCAACACCGGAAUAUUCAUCCAUCCUUGUACCCAAUGUCGAUAACGUUCGAACUAAUUUCUUAAUUGAUACCAUUGCUAAACAACAUAAAGCUGUGUUAUUGAUAGGUGAACAGGGUACAGCUAAAACUGUUAUGAUUAAAAAAUACAUGGCUAAUUAUGAUCCAGAAAGGCACUUAGUCAAAAGUUUAAAUUUCUCAUCAGCAUCCACGCCUAUACUUUUCCAGAGAUCUAUCGAAAGCUACGUUGAUAAACGUAUGGGUAGUACAUUUGGGCCUCCAGCUGGUAAGAAAAUGACAGUUUUUGUCGAUGAUAUUAACAUGCCGACCAUCAAUGAAUGGGGAGACCAGGUAACUAAUGAGAUUGUCCGUCAAUUAAUGGAAAUGAAAGGAUUUUAUAAUUUAGAAAAACCGGGUGAUUUUACAAAUAUUGCUGACCUUCAAUUUAUUGCGGCUAUGAUACAACCUGGUGGUGGUCGUAACGAUAUUCCUAGCCGACUAAAGCGACAAUUUGCUAUAUUUAAUUGCACUUUACCAUCGGAUGCUUCUAUUGAUAAAAUAUUUAGAACCAUUGGUGAAGGAUACUUUUGUGCAGGGAGAGGCUUUAAUCAGGCUAUCACAUCUCUAAUUGAAUCAUUAGCGUCUGCAACGCGUCGAUUAUGGCAAAAAACCAAAGUGAAAAUGUUGCCUACACCAGCUAAAUUUCAUUAUGUUUUCAAUUUGCGAGAUUUAUCACGAAUUUGGCAAGGAAUGUUAGCUGCAACAUCUGAUGUCAUCAACCAUCCAAAAAAUCUCUUUACAUUAUGGAAGCACGAAUGUCUACGUGUUAUUGCCGAUCGAUUUGUAUCCAAAUCAGAUGUGGAUUGGUUUCAACGAGCAUUAAAUACUGUUGUAGAGAAUGAUUUUGGAGAAAGCUACCUUAACUUGGUUAACGAAGAGCACUACUUCGUCGAUUUCUUACGCGAUGCUCCUGAAGUUACAGGUGAUGAAGUAGAUGAUUCCGAUUUUGAAACACCUAAAAUUUAUGAACCAAUCGAAAGUUUCGAGCAAUUAUCGGAUCGACUUAUCCAUUACUUAAUGUCUUAUAAUGAGGCUAUUCGCGGUGCUGCUUUAGAUCUUGUCUUUUUCAAAGAUGCUAUGAUUCACUUGAUGCGAAUAUCCCGCAUUAUUCGCCUACCACAUGGCAAUUGCCUCCUUGUUGGAGUUGGAGGCUCUGGUAAGCAAAGCCUAACACGUUUAGCGACCUUUAUUGCAGGCUAUCAAAUAUUUCAAAUUACCUUGACAAGAUCUUAUUCAGUAACGAAUCUAUUAGAUGAUUUAAAAAUUUUAUACCGCAACGCUGGCUUGCAAGGCUCAGGUGUAACAUUUAUUUUUACCGAUAAUGAAAUUAAAGAUGAAUCAUUUUUAGAAUACCUAAAUAACGUUUUAGCAUCAGGAGAAGUUUCCAAUCUAUUUGCACGCGAUGAAAUUGAUGAAAUUACUCAAGAAUUGAUUCCAGUCAUGAAAGCUGAAUAUCCUCGUCGAUUACCUACCUUGGAAAAUCUAUACGAUUACUUUUUAACCCGUGUCAGAAAUAAUUUACAUGUCGUACUCUGUUUUUCACCAGUUGGUGAGAAAUUUCGUAAUCGUGCACUUAAAUUUCCUGCAUUAUUUAGCGGAUGUACAAUGGAUUGGUUUAGCCGAUGGCCUAAAGAUGCUCUAAUUGCUGUUGCACAACAUUUUAUCUCGUCUUAUCCAAUUAUAUGUAGUGAUAAAGUGAAACAAAGUGUUAUUGGCACCAUGGGUACAUUCCAAGAUAGAGUAUCUGAAGCUUGUGUAAACUACUUUGAGAGAUUUCGCAGACAAGCUCAUGUUACACCCAAAUCUUAUCUAUCCUUCAUCAACGGUUAUAAACUAAUAUAUCGUAAUCAAAAGGAAUCCAUUGGUCUACUUGCUGAACGAAUGAGAACAGGUUUAGAUAAGUUAGUAGAAGCAACGCAAUCAGUUAAUCGGCUAUCUGAAGAACUGAUUAUUAAAGAGAAAGAAUUAGAAAUUGCUUCUGAUAAAGCGGAUGUUGUACUAAAAGAGGUUACAGCUAAAGCACAUGCGGCUGAAAAGGUUAAACAACAAGUUCUGAAAGUAAAAGAGAAAGCACAAGCUAUUGUAGAUGAAAUUGCUGUCGACAAAGCUGCAGCUGAGGAACGCCUUGAAGCAGCUAAACCAGCGCUCGAAGAAGCUGAAGCCGCAUUGCAAACUAUUAAAGCACAGCAUAUUGCUACCGUACGUAAAUUAGCCAAGCCGCCUCAUUUAAUUAUGAGAAUUAUGGAUUGUGUCUUAUUACUAUUUAAUAAACGGCUUGAUCCUACUCAACCUGAUCCAGAAAAGCCGACUAUUAAGCCAUCAUGGGGUGAAGCAUUAAGAAUGAUGAAUAAUAGUGGAUUUUUACAAUCCUUGGUUCAAUUUCAGAAAGAUUCCAUUAAUGAUGAAACUGUAGAAUUAUUGGAAAUCUAUUUUGCAAACGAAGAUUACAAUAUAGAUACAGCUAAGAAAGCUUGUGGUGAUGUUGCAGGUUUGCUAUCGUGGACUAAGGCAAUGUGUGCAUUUUAUGCUGUUAAUAAAGAAGUAUUGCCACUCAAAGCUAACCUAAUGGUGCAAGAAGCGAGAUUAAAUCAAGCGAAUGGAAAUUUAACUAAGGCUCAGAAUCAGUUCGACGAAAAGCAAGCUGAAUUAGAUGCCGUUCAAAAGCAAUAUGAAGCAGCUGUAACUGAAAAACAGAAUCUAAUUAAUGAUGCAGAAACUUGUAGGCGCAAAAUGAAUAAUGCUACAACUUUAAUUGAUGGAUUAGGUGGAGAAAAGAUACGAUGGACAGAACAGAGUAAAAUGUUUGAAGAACAAACUAACAGACUUGUUGGCGAUGUUUUAUUAGCUACCGGUUUCUUAUCCUACUCUGGUCCAUUUAACCAAGAAUUUCGCUCUUACUUAUCUAAUGUAUGGAAGAAAGAAAUGAGACGUCAAAAAAUCCCAUUCACCGAAGAUCUCGAUUUAGUAACUAUGCUAACAGAUAGUGCUACAAUUGGUGAGUGGAAUCUACAAGGUUUACCAAAUGAUGAAUUAUCCAUCGAGAAUGGUCUAAUAGCUACCAAAGCGUCACGAUUUCCCUUGCUUAUCGAUCCACAGGGCCAAGGCAAAGUUUGGAUUAAAAAUAGAGAAGCACCCAAUGAGUUACAAGUGACCUCAUUAAAUCAUAAGUACUUCAGAGCGCAUUUAGAAGAUUGUUUAUCCUUAGGUCGGCCAUUAUUGAUUGAGGACAUUAACGAAGAACUCGAUCCAGCCUUGGAUAAUGUCUUAGAAAAGAACUUUAUCAAAAUCGGUAAAACAUUAAAAGUCAAGGUCGGUGAUAAAGAAAUUGAUAUCUUGGAAGGUUUCCGAUUAUAUAUUACCACCAAGUUACCCAAUCCAGCAUAUACCCCCGAAAUAAGUGCUAGAACAUCUAUUAUCGAUUUCACUGUUACGAUGAAAGGCUUAGAAGGACAAUUGCUUGGUCGUGUUAUACAAACUGAGAAGAAGGAAUUAGAACUGGAGCGUACAAAAUUAAUCGAAGAAGUUACGUUUAAUAGGCGCAAAAUAAAGGAUUUGGAAGAUAACCUUUUACUACGGCUAACCAGCACUGAAGGAUCUUUGGUCGAUGAUGAAUCAUUAAUCGCUGUCUUGGCUAAUACUAAGAAAACAGCUGAAGAAGUACGCGAUAAAUUAGCUGUAGCAGCAGAAACAGAAACUAAAAUUAAUAUUGCACGUGAGGAGUAUCGCCCAGUAGCAACACGUGGAAGCAUCUUAUAUUUCUUAAUUGUAGAAAUGUCAAUGGUAAAUGUCAUGUAUCAAACAUCACUAGCGCAGUUUUUAAAAUUGUUUGAUCUCUCUAUGGUACGCUCACAAAAAUCGCCAAUUCCAGCUAAACGUAUACAAAAUGUUAUCGAUUAUCUAACAUUUGCAGUAUUCAAAUAUACAGUUCGAGGAUUAUAUGAGAAUCAUAAAUUCCUAUUUACGUUGUUACUGGCUUUAAAGAUUGAUUUACAGCAGGGCCGUGUAAAAUCAGACGAAUUUCAAGUACUCAUUAAAGGUGGUGCUGCCCUUGACUUAAACAACGUUGAUCCUAAACCUAAGAAAUGGAUACCCGACAUUACCUGGCUUAAUCUGGUUGAGUUGAGUAAACUACCUCAGUUUUCUCAAAUCUUAGGUCAAAUUUCGAGAAAUGAUCGUGGUUGGAAAAGUUGGUAUGAUGAAGACGCACCUGAAGAAGCUAUCAUCCCUGAUGGUUAUAGUACCUCUCUUGAUACACUUCGGAAAUUAUUAUUGGUGCGAUGUUGGUGUCCUGAUCGUACUAUACCACAAGCGAGACAUUAUAUUAUUGAAUCGAUUGGUUCAAGAUAUGCCGAAGGAGUAAUCUUAGAUUUAGAAAAUAUGUGGGAAGAAAGUAAUACUCGCACACCAAUGAUAUGCUUCUUAUCUAUGGGUUCCGAUCCUACAGCAUCAAUUGAGGCUUUAGCCAAGAAAAUGAAACUAGAAUGUCGAGCAAUUUCUAUGGGCCAAGGUCAAGAAAUACACGCUCGUCGCUUACUCUCUCAAACAAUGUCUGAAGGAGGAUGGUUAAUGCUACAAAAUUGCCAUUUAGGUCUUAAUUUUAUGGAAGAAUUGCUAGAGACCAUAUUAAACGCAGAAAAUGCUGAUGACAGCUUUAGAGUUUGGAUGACAACUGAUGUUCACCCGCAAUUUCCCAUUAAUAUCUUACAGCAUUCAAUUAAAUUUACGAAUGAACCACCUCAAGGUGCAAAGGCAGGUCUUAAACGUACGUAUGGUAAUAUUACUCAGGAUCAAUUAGAUAUUACUAACAUGCCACAAUGGAAGCCAAUGCUUUAUGGUGUGGCAUUCUUGCACACGGUUGUACAAGAAAGGAGAAAGUUUGGCCCAUUAGGUUGGAAUAUCCCUUACGAAUUUAACGAAGCCGAUCUUACUGCAACAGUCCAAUUUGUGCAAAAUCAUUUAGACGAUAUGGAUAUUAAGAAAGGAGUAUCAUGGAAUACAGUAAGAUAUAUGAUUGGAGAAGUCCAAUAUGGCGGCCGUGUAACAGAUGAUUUUGACAAACGAUUGAUAAAUACUUUUGCACGUACUUGGUUUAGUGAUGCCAUGUUUGCCGAUAAUUUCAGAUUUUAUGAGGGUUAUCGAAUCCCUAAAUGUAAAACCAUAGAGGAUUACCGCACAGCUAUUGAUAGUCUACCCUUAGUAGAUUCGCCGGAAGCCUUUGGCCUGCAUCCCAAUGCUGAUAUCACUUACCAGACUAAAACUGCUACCGAUAUUUUAGAUACAAUUGUCAACAUCCAACCGAAAGAUAGCGCAUCUGGCGGCGGUGAAACACGCGAGAGCGUAGUAUUAAAGUUAGCAAUGGAUAUGUUAGAGAAAUUACCCCCCGAUUAUAUAGCCCAUGAAGUUAAAGAUCGAUUACAGAAAAUGGGCUUGCUAUCACCUAUGAAUAUCUUCUUACGUCAAGAGAUUGAUCGUAUGCAAUGUGUUAUUUCUGCUGUAAGGCAGACAUUAACUGAUCUUAAAUUAGCGAUUGAUGGCACCAUCAUUAUGAGUGAGAUACUACGCGAUGCUUUAGAUAAUAUGUAUGAUGCUAGGGUGCCAGUUUCUUGGAGAAAAGUCUCUUGGGAAUCUUCUACUUUAGGCUUUUGGUUUACUGAAUUACUUGAGAGAAAUGCUCAAUUUCAUACAUGGCUCUUUGAAGGGCGUCCUAAUGUUUUCCACAUGACUAGCUUCUUUAAUCCACAAGGCUUUUUGACUGCAAUGCGCCAAGAAGUUACUCGAGCUCAUAAAGGUUGGGCUUUAGACAACGUGGUACUAGCAAACGAUGUUACAAAACAUUAUAAUGAUGAUAUUGCUACACCGCCAGCGGAAGGUGUCUAUGUUCAUGGACUAUACCUUGAAGGAGCUGGUUGGGAGAGAAGAGCUUGUAGGCUUACAGAACCCUCACCUAAAGUCCUAUACACUCCUUUACCGGUUGUCCAUAUUUAUGCUGUCAAUGUUACAACAGCUCGCGAAAAUAAUCGCCUUCAACCCCCUGAUCAUUGGACACUUCGUGGCGUAGCAUUGCUUUGCGAUAUUAAGUAG